AUGUGCCCGAAGGUCUGCACCAGCGGCACCACCUCCAGCCCCUGCGCCCUGGCCUGGCUCAGCACCGCCCUCACCUCCCCGGGGCUGCGGGGGGAGAGCGACACCUCAGGGCCCGGCCCGGCUCCGCGGAUCCCUCCGGGCCCACCCCCGGCCGGUACCUGUAGGCGUGAGGGGCCCGCAGCUGCCCCAGCGGCCCCGCGUAGGGGAAGGUGUCCUCAUACUCCAGCAGCAGCCCGCUGGCGCCCAGCGCCCGCAGCAGCGGCAGCACCUGAGGGGACAGAGGGGGCCUCCCACCUGGCAGCGGAGGCCGUCGUCCGCGGGAGUGGAAGCGCCCGGGCCCGGCGGGUUGAGGGGAGCGGCCUUGCCAAGAAGAGCAGAGGCCAGCAAGAGUCACGGUGGAGGUGGCUGAAGGCAGUGUUCCUGCUCUCGUCUGCUGCUGUCGGUGGCCUCUUGAGCUGGAACUACCUGAGUGCUGAGGAUGGAGUCACAGAGGUGCUGGCUCAUCGCAGGGAGAGCCUUCAGGACAAGUUCGUUGAGAUCCCCUGCUCUGAGGACUACAACAGCCACAAAAGAUUUGAAGGGUGUACUCCUAGAAAGUGUGGAAGAGGUGUGACCGAUGCAGUAAUCACAAGGGAAGAAGCUGAAAGAAUCCGUAGAAUAGCAGAGAGGGGACUGUCCUUGGGAGGAUCUGAUGGAGGGGCAUCGAUUUUGGACUUGCACUCUGGAGCUCUUUCAUUGGGGAAGCAUUUUGUUAAUCUGUACAGGUACUUUGGGGACAAAAUUCAAGACAUCUUCACAGAAGAGGAUUUUGCAUUAUAUCGUGAUGUGAGACAGAGGAUUCAACAAAGGAUUGCUCAGGCCUUUGGUAUCAGCUCUGCUUCCAUGUACCUGACCAAGCCAACGUUCUUCUCGAGAAUCAACAGCACAGAAGCCAAGACAACGCACGAUGAAUACUGGCACCCACACGUUGACAAGGCAUCGAUUUUGGACUUGCACUCUGGAGCUCUUUCAUUGGGGAAGCAUUUUGUUAAUCUGUACAGGUACUUUGGGGACAAAAUUCAAGACAUCUUCACAGAAGAGGAUUUUGCAUUAUAUCGGUAA